UCUUAAUUCGUCGUCACACCGCGGACGCAACAGUCAGUAAGUUAGUGGACGCGAAACGGUGGCGCCGACGCGUUUCGAUUGUUGUUGAAUUUCGUAAAUUUUUUUUCUCGAUUUCUGGUCGAUCAUAGGCCAUUGCACUUCUCUCGGUUCGGAACGUUGGCAAUUCUUCGUGGGGCGGUCAAUUUAGAGAACGUCUCUUGUUUACAAUAGCUAGUGUAUCAAACAAAUGUGUCGUGUUGUGUUUGUCCGGUUAACUGUUAUCAGUGACUGGUUUCGAAUGCUGAUUUGAUAAGAGUGUUAAGUGUAGAUGUUAGGGCAAAUUAACGUUUAAAGCGGCGCUGGGUGGGUUUUUGCGGUAGUUUAUGAUUCAGUGACUAGAUCGUACUCAAUCUGGUUGACAGCUUGGAGUUCAUAACAUCGCAAAGUAGGGCUCCAAUUAUGCAACAUAAGGCAGAAACUGCGAAAUAAGUUAUGUAAACUUAUGUGCACUACAGCUAGAUGUACGUGUAUAGCAUACCAGAGAGGCCAAGUGCUAGUGAUAAGAAGACCUAGUUUAAGGAUACUUAUUAGAUAGUUAGUGAAGCUAGUCAGAAAAUUGAAAAAAGAGAAGAACUAGAAGAGCAAACAACUGUGAUAAGGUCUGAAAUCUUAAAGUGUACCACAAAAAGUAAAAUGUUCCCAGCUAAACCAGUGCAUAGAGCAUUGGACCAAGCGUUCCUCACACUAACUGCUCUGGUGCACGUGCUGCACGGUGCCGUUGUCAUACAAAAGUAUCCACACGUCGUUGACAACCGGCUCCAGGCGGACCUCGUACCACCAAGCUGUCCAAGCGAAAUCUACUGCCAUGGCAAGCUGCUCGAUACGGUGCAGAUGAUGGGCAUCUAUCAGGACUCGAAGACCUUCGUCGACAUGAAGAUGCGGAAAUCUCCCAACGAAACGUUGGCCUCGUUCAACGACUUCAUGGAUGAGAAGAAAAACGAACCCAGUAAGCAGGACCUCCAGACGUGGGUGGAACUGAUGUUCGAUAAACCGGGAGCAGAAUUUGAAGAAUGGAUUCCGGACGAUUGGCUGGAAAACCCGGCUUUUCUGCAGCGUAUCAAGGAUACGGAACUGCGCGAUUUUGCCAAAAAUUUGAACAGUAUAUGGCACCAGCUGGGUCGAAAAAUGAUCGCCGAUGUUGGGAUUAACCCAGAACAGUACUCAAUCAUUUCUGUUGAUCAUCCAGUGAUUGUUCCUGGAGGACGAUUCCGAGAAUUCUACUACUGGGACUCGUAUUGGAUUGUGAAAGGACUUCUGCUAUCAGAAAUGACCAAGACGACCCGAGGUAUGUUGGAAAAUUUCCUGUCUAUCAUCCAAAGGUAUGGCUUUAUUCCCAACGGAGGCCGUAUCUACUACAGUAUGCGUUCGCAGCCGCCUCUUUUGUGUGGUAUGGUCAAAUCGUACGUUGAUGCAACCAAAGACAUAAAAUUUGCCGAAGAUUCUGUCGAAACCUUGGAACGUGAAUUCGAAUUCUUUAUGAAUAACUACAUUGUUGAAGUUAACGGCUAUCACCUAGCAGCUUAUGGAUACAAGUCUAGUGGACCCCGACCGGAAUCUUACCGAGAGGAUGUGAUUAGCGCACAGGUAUUCGAAAAGGAAGAUGACAAACAGGAUUUCUACUGUGAACUGAAAGCAGCCGCUGAGAGCGGAAUGGACUUUAGCAGUCGAUGGUUUAUUAAGGAAGGCACAAAUGGAGGAAAUCUUACCGAUCUGAAAUGCCGAUCGAUUAUCGCAGUUGAACUGAAUGCGAUUCUCUACUGGAAUUCUUUGAUCAUUUCGGAAUUCUACACACUAAAGAAUGAUCUCCGAAAGGCUAACUUGUACGAAGCGAAAGCGGAUGAUAUCAAAAAAGCUAUUGAUGCAGUAUUAUGGAACGAAGAGGAGGGCAUCUGGUUGGAUUACGAUUUGAUAAACAAAAAGCACCGACAUUACUUUACACCUACGAAUCUUUCUCCACUGUGGACGGGAUGUUACGACAAGUCAGACACGAGCUUGCCGAAAAAGGUUCUAGCGUACAUCGAGAAGCUCAAACUGGACAAUUACCCGGGUGGUGUUCCGAACACCUUAUCUCAUACGAAUGAACAGUGGGACUAUCCCAACGUGUGGCCUCCUAUGCAGCACAUGAUGAUCAUCGGUCUGGAUGGCAUGGACAGCCAGGAAACGAAGGAGCUAGCCUUCAAGUGGGCACAGCGAUGGGUGCGAAGCAACUACAUCGCAUUCAAUGAAACAAAGGCCAUGUUUGAAAAGUACAAUGCAGAGGAGUUGGGAGGUCAUGGAGGUGGAGGAGAAUACGAAGUACAAACCGGUUUCGGUUGGUCUAACGGUGCCGUGAUGGAUUUGCUGAACAAAUAUGGCGACCGGAUAACAACAGACGACAGCGAAAACAACGCAGGUGCCCUGGUGUCAUUUUCGGUGAACACAGGUAUCAUAGCAACGAUCGUGGCCCUCAUUGUUGGCAUAGUAGGCAGUAUAUUCCGUCGAUUUUUCGGGCGAUGAACCAUCCGUCUUCUUGCGUACCUGUUAUUUUUUAUAAGACAAAAAAUAAACCAAAAAAAUCGCUUCUAUAA